GGGCGUUGCAUGGAGGCAGUUUGGUGGUGGAUCUGCUGAAUAAUGAAUAAGGCCAUGAAGGCCGAUAGGCAGGAGGGAGCGGCCAAGGGACGACAGCUGAAGGCUUCCUCUGAGAGGGUGUCCACAGAACUUCUCCGCCACAGGAUUGGCAGGCUGGAGAAGAGAAUAGAGGAACUGACAGCUCAAUACCAGGAAUUGGACCAGAAUGCAAAGUAUCUCAUGCAAUCCUUUGAGCCACACUCUGAAAACAUUGCAAAACAAGCUGGACAGGAUGAGAUGUGGUCAGUGCUCCUGGACCACAGGUUCACAAGUGUGGAAGUUAACCUAUUCUUCAGUUAUGUUGUUGACAUGCUUCAGUCUUUGCAUUCUCGUGUAUUGGAGAAACAUCCAGGGUAUGCCAGCAUUCUGCCCAGUUUGUCUUCUGUCUUGAAGAGGAAGGUUUGGGAUAGGGAACUUGAGGCCACGUGGAUAAACGUGCUUUCAGAACUUGGCCUGAAUGACUCUGAUGAGAAAGCUCUAUGCACAUUCUUUGUUACUUACCACAAUGAGGCUGAAUAUUACCCACCUCCUGCAAGAGAGAAGUACAAUCAGAACAUCCAAGGGGUGUUAAACAAGGCUGUGUCCAGCCAUAUUCUACACCACUGUCUCCUCAUUCUUGUGCAGUUGGCAGAAAAAGAAAACAGCGUGAUGGCGACUGAGAAUCAAUGCACCACGAGGGCUAACGCUCCCUAGAGCCAGCACCAAGUCAAAAGGAGGAGAGUAGGGUCCAUGUACCAUUGGAAAUGAACUGUAUCGGGAAUGGCUUCAUUGGUCACAUUGUAAUGUAAACACUUUGCAUUAAUAAAUUUAUUGCACUGAUCCAUUGC